AUUUAAGUCGAAGAAAAAAAUAUUGAGAAACAAAGGUUGCAGAUCACCAAAGCAAAGAAUACUCAUCAUCAUCAUCAUCAUCAUAGAUCAAUCAAUGAUAGUAUUAAAAUGCUUCACUCCUUCCCUUUUGUGCAUUUUGAAUCAUCAAACACGAUUUCUUCUUCUUCAUAUUAAAAAAAAAUAAAAAAUCAAUUAUUAUUAUUAUUAAUUACUACUACUCGUUACUAGUACGUUCCACCUGGUUAUAUUUAUUAUGUAACACCAUGGCAAGCAACUGGCAAGACCAAGAAAGAAGGUAAGAUGUUGGAUUUGGAUGGGACCGACAUCACUACCCACCAGAAGAACCAACAUACUACUAGUACUGGUAUUUAUUUAUUUAUUUUUAUACUGCUGCUAUGCUGCUACUCCUAAUAAUAGUCUAAUACCAUGAUGAUUCAAGAAGGUGAAGGUUGCAGAUGCACCCACACACACACACACACUGACACACAUAAGAAAAGAAUCUCAGAUUCGAUUUACAGAGACUGAGACUUCCCUCUUUCUUCCCUGUUUAUUUCUUUCCUUCUGUCUCUGCAACAUUUCAUCAAACACCCCUUUGAUUCUUGGACCACACUGAAACUCCCACAAUUCCACUCCACCCUCUUCCUCUUCCAUAACCCACAUACACAACAUAUUAGUUUCCCUUCUCCUCCUUCCCAUGCAAACAUCAUGCUCCCUUUUUAUUAUGUGUGGUCAUCAUCAUAAUCGUAUCUGCCUCAUCCUCACCUGACCAAACACUGCUGUUCCCACCUUCUUCUUUAUUAGUCUCUAUUUCAAACCGGUUGCUCCGCUCCCAAUCUUUUUCUUUUUGUGUGUGUGUGUGUGUGUGUGUGAGAGGGGUAAAGAAAAAAAGAUGGGAUUUUUUCUCGGUUUCUUCGUUGGUGCAGCAGUUGGCCUUGGUUUGAUUGUGGGUUUUGCUCGAUGUCAAACUAUCAGAUCCAAGAAUCGUCGUGAUUUGGCAGAAACUAUUGCAGCUUUUGCACGGAUGACAGUCCAGGAUUCCAGAAAGCUUCUCGCACCCGAGGUUUAUCCUUCUUGGGUUGCCUUUACUCAUCGACAAAAGUUGAGUUAAUUUGCUCCCAGCCUCUUGGUUUCGUUUCAAUAACUUUGAUGCAUGUCGCGCCUCUCUGCAUAUGUAGGUAGUCAUAGCUACCAGAAAUCAAUAAUCACAGUGGCCCUUUUAAUAUUUUAAGAAAUCUACAAUGCAACAGGCAUUUUAUUGGUCUUUCUCAUUAUACUUCGUUUCUUGUUAUCUGCUGCAGUUGACUUGGCUUAAUCAUCAUCUUGACAAAAUUUGGCCUUAUGUUGAUGAGGCAGCUUCUGAAUUGAUAAGAGAAAAUGUAGAGCCAAUUCUUGAGCAAUAUAGACCAGCUGUUUUGGCGUCUCUCAAGUUCUCGAAGCUGACACUUGGCACUGUAGCUCCUCAAUUUACUGGAGUUUCCAUGGUCGAUGGCGAUGUUGGAGAAAUUAUCAUGGAAUUGGAGUUGCAAUGGGAUGGAAAUCCUAGUAUCAUAAUCGACAUCGAAACAAGAGUAGGAGUUAAACUACCAAUUCAGGUCAAGAACAUUGGAUUUACUGGAGUUUUCAGAAUAAUUUUCAAACCCCUGGUCGAUGAAUUACCUUGUUUUGGUGCUGUGUUAUAUUCCUUGAGGCAAAAGAAAAACUUGGACUUUACCCUCAAAGUUAUAGGGGGCGAAAUAACAUCAAUCCCAGGAAUAUCUGAUGCCAUCGAGGGAAUGAUCCGAGAUGCUAUUGAAGAUUCCAUCACUUGGCCAGUCCGAAAAAUUGUACCAAUAUUACCCGGAGACUACAGUGACCUGGAGCUGAAACCUGUUGGGACGUUGGAGGUGAAGCUCAUAGAAGCAAAAGAAUUAACAAAUAAGGACUUCAUUGGCAAAUCGGAUCCAUUUGCCGAGUUAUAUAUACGCCCACUGCGUGACAGGACAAAAACUAGCAAGACGAUAAACAACCAAGUAAAUCCAAUUUGGAAUGAACAUUUCGAUUUUGUGGUCGAAGAUGUAUCCACUCAACACCUGACAGUCAAAGUUUAUGAUGACGAAGGAAUUCAAGCUUCUGAAUUCAUUGGUUGUGCUCAAAUUGCUUUGAAGGACCUUGAGCCCGGAAAAGUCAAGGAUGUAUGGCUGAAACUGGUGAAAGAUCUUGAGAUUCAAAGGGACACUAAGAACAGGGGUCAGGUCCACUUGGAGCUUUUAUAUUGUCCAUUCGGGAUGGAGAGUGCGUUUCUGAAUCCUUUUAACCCGGAUUUUCGAUUGACUACUUUGGAGAAAGCCCUUAAACAAGGAAGUGUUGUGGACCACGAAAAUGUAGCAAAAUCAGUUGGACAGAGGAAAAAAGAUGUCAUCGUGAGAGGAGUUCUUUCAGUGACAGUUAUAUCAGCGGAAGAUUUACCAGCUGUGGAUCUUAUGGGAAAAUCUGAUCCAUACGUGGUUCUUACCAUGAAGAAAUCUGAACAGAAAAACAAAACCAGGGUAUUAAAUGACACGCUGAAUCCGGUGUGGAAUCAAACGUUUGACUUCGUGGUGGAGGAUGCAUUACAUGAUCUGUUGAUGUUGGAAGUUUAUGACCACGACACAUUUGGGAAGGUAAUGCUCCCUGGACUCCUCUGGUUUCUCAUUUGCUUGGUUAUCAGAUCUCUAGUUUAAAUUUUUUAUGAUAGCAAGACAAAUGAGUACUUGCCUUGAAAGAAAUUUCAAUUUAUUUGGAAUUGAAUGUCAUUAUGCUUUCAACACAAAUAGAAGGAUUGGGAGGAUGGUUUCCAUUCAUGGAUAUCUGCAGUACCUAGCGUUGUAGGAGAGAUGUCACUGUUCUUAAGCUGUACUACUGAGCCGUACUUUUGUUUCCAGGAUAAAAUGGGAAGGUGCAUUAUGACACUUACAAGAGCUAUACUGGAAGGUGAAUUUACGGACACAUUUCCCCUAGACGAUUCGCCAACAGGGAAGCUGACUCUGCAUAUCAAAUGGACACCGCAGCCAAUUACGAGGGAUUGAGCACUGAUUUUACACUUGGAUUACAGAUGCACCUGUCAAUACUGUUUUGAUUGUAUAGCAAUUUUUUUCUUGUUGAGUUGGGGAACUGGUUUUGAUUUGGAACAUAUCACACAAAAGAAGAAUCUCUUGCUUUUCCACGAUCAAAAUUGCACUUAAAAACCAGGGAAUGAAAUUGCUGGCCACGUUUGUAGACUUUUUGAUUGUCUGUAAAAUGCAUAAAUAGCUGCUGGACAUGCAUAAAUAGCAGAUUGUGCUUGAACAUGAAGGUAUCCAAAUAAUGAUCAUUGUGGGCUAAAUAAAUGUAAGAAAACCGUAAAGUCAGUGAAACACCAUCUGACAGACAGAACGGAAAGGAAACAUCCAGCAAAGCGCCAAUCGACCAACCAGACAAAAAUUCGCAAGCCAGCAAUUUACUGGUAUUUCUUUAGAACUAUUUAUUGCUGUACAAAACAAGAGACGUAUGUCCCUCCUUCCAUGAAGUACAAAACAAGCUUCUUCUUGAAGGAGGGAAACGUAGAAUAUAAUGGCGAGAGAAGGUUCCUAGAUUGAAAGCAACAUUCUUUUGAGGCUAUAACUUUGUAUUCUAAUUUGUGUUCCGAUCAUUACAUACAGGAAAAAAUUGCAAGACUAACAAACAAAGGUAUACUCCACUUAAUACACCAAAAUUGCACAUAGUAUGAUGAUCUAGACCAGAGGAGAAUUCCUUUGAACUAAAUGUUAUAGUCCAAGAUUCCUAGUAAACCAAUCUGAGAGAUUAGCUAUGAUAAAACCUGCGAAUACCUGCAAACCGAUGCCGAAGAAACAUUAUGAGUAUGACAUCUUUCAUUUUGUAAACCCAUAUAACAGUAGCAAGUGCAUUCUUCAUUCUUUUCCAUCCAAAAGAUACAAAGAACUAGGUGGGGAUGUGAGAAUUUAAAUAGUUGUUUGAC